UUUUAUUAGAAUCUAAUUAUUUAUAAACGAUACAUUUAAGGGAACACAAAAGUAUUUUUUUGCAAUAUUGACUAAUAUAAUUCAUUAGUCGUUUAUCGAAGUAGUAAACAAUAUUAUUAAGUGACGCGAAUGGAAUUGUACUAUAAUAGAGAAAAAGUUUAGCUAAAAACAUUAAAUUCCAAAGCUAACAUAUAAUUAAUCAGAAGGCAUUCAUCAUAACGGAUAAGACUAUUAAAGGGUUUGUCAGUGAACUUUUCGCUGUUAGUUAAAGGAAAUUAUGGUUUCACAUCUAAAAGAUAUUGGCAAUUUGGAAGAUACGGACUUGGGAGAGUAUGUCUCAAAUUCACAAUGGAGAUCUUUCUUUAGUGAACUAUCUAUUGAAGGAGUAAGAUACGUUGUUAAACCAGGAAUUAGUAUUUUUAGAAGGAUAAUAUGGAUAACAUUAGUUCUAUUUGGACUUGGUUUUAUGAUAUUUCAAAUUCAAGCAAGAUUUUCAUAUUUUUUAAGUAGACCAACCUCAGUCGAUAUAAACUAUAGUAUAAAAUCAAAUUUACGUUUUCCAACUGUUACGUUGUGUAAUUCAAAUUAUGUAAAUCAUACCAAAGUUAAACAGCACGGUAUGGAGAAAUUAAUGCUUGAAAUUAAUUCUAAAACUCCCAAUAAAACAUUUAUUGAAAGCUUUUUCAAGAAAUUUCCUCCUAGUAGAUUGAGUACUAUCUUCGAUAUAAUACUAAAUAACGCCAGUAGUGAAAUAUUACAAGUAAAUAUAAUAAUUAUAAUAGGAAUAGAGAGAUAUUAUUAAUAAGAUGCUAUUUAAUUCAAUACGGUUUUAGUGUAAAUAUUCUGGUAUUCCUUGUUCGCUUAAAGAUUUUACACUCGCUGAAACCGUUAGCGGAAGAUGCCUGCAGUUCAAUUCAAUGAAGUUUAAUUUUUCUGUAACACAGCCUGGAAUUAAUUUUGGUUUGGAGUUGGUAUUAAAUACCGAUCAACCAAAUUAUUUUUUAACUUCAUCCGUUAACGCCGGUUAUAGAAUCCUACUACACGAGCCAGAUGCUAUUCCACUAAUGGAUACGAGCGGUUUCAAUGCUGGUGCGGGAGAAUCAGUACUAGUUGGCUUUGAGAAAAAUGAGUUUGUCAGAUUACCCGCACCAUAUGGAGAUUGCGAAGACAACCCCAAUUAUCGAUACGACCAGUGUAUUAGUAAUUGUAAGAGGGAUUAUUUUUUCGAGAAAUGUAAAUGUCGACCAAUAUACUUCAAAGGGACAAGUAGACUAUGCAACCCUGUUGAAAUAAUCGCAUGCAUAUACCCAAGAACGACAGAGUACUUUGUCUCAAAUCAACAAUCGCGUUGUAACUGUAGACGUCAAUGCUCUGAAACGAAAUUUACUUAUAGUCUAUCAACAUCAAGACUCUCAGAUUUGACUAUUAAAAAGUUUAAAGAGCUAACAGAGAACGAUAUUGAAACAAAUAUUUUGGUAUUGAAUCUAUAUUAUCAUACGUUGGAAUAUAAAGAAACUACAGUAAAACCAGCUUACAGUAUCCUUGCACUUUUAGCAGAUGUAGGAGGGGCUUUUGGUCUAUUGUUAGGAUCAACAGCUUUAACUUUCUUUGAACUUGGCGAUUGGCUUCUGGUAUCGCUUUUUUCCUACUUUCAUAAGAAAUUUCUUGAAAAGAAGGUCUCUGUUACAAAGGUGGAACCAAUCAUCACUGAAAAGAAUACCAAAUAGUGCCAUAGGUUAAUGAAAAAGCAGACUUUCUUAUUGAUGAAUACUUAAAAUUAAUAACAACUUGAAUUAUAAUGAAUGAAACAUGUAUUCACCUGUUUAAAGGUUAAUAAACGCUUAAUUUGUAAAUAUCUUUCCUGUCUUAAUAAUCAGCCACUAAUAAGCAAAAAAUAAUAGGCACGUG